CCAGCGUGCUCCACCAUGUCAGAGGCAGCCACAGACACCAGCUCCAAAAACACCAAAGAUAUAAAUGAGAAGAAGGAAGUUGUGGAAGAGGCAGAAAACGGAAGAGAUGCCCCUGCUAGCGGGAAUGAGGAAAAUGGGGAGCAGGGGGCUAACAGUGAGGUCGAAGAAGAGGAGGAAGGUGGGGAGGAAGAAGGUGAUGGUGAGGAAGAGGAUGGAGAUGAAGGUGAGGAAGCUGAGUCGGCUAUGGGCAAGCGGACAGCAGAAGAUGCUGAGGAUGACAAUGUUGAUACCAAGAAGCAGAAGACCGAGGAGGAUGACUAGACAGCAAAAAAGGAAAACUUAAACUAAAAAAAAAAAAAAAGGCUGCCGUGACCUAU